AUGAUCGGUAAUAAAAUACUCCUUAGAUAUUUAAUAAAAAGUAAUAGUUUAGUGUUUAGGUAUUUUGUAAUAACUAAAAAGAAAUUUAAUGAACAAAAUUGUUUAAUUCUGCCUUUAACGACAAAUCGUUUAUUCCACAUUGCUCAAAAUCUUUAUAAAGAAGAGGAAACAAAGAAAAGUAAUACUCUUAUAACAUCUUUGUUUGAAAAUACAAAAGAAAAACGAAAAGAGACUUUCAUUGACAUUAUAAGGAUUUAUGAACAAGAAAGAUAUAAAAGAGGUCAAAUAGAAUUUAUUAAAUUAGCUUUGAAAUACAUGAAAGUUUAUGGUAUAGAUAAAGAUAUUGAAGCUUAUAAAGCCUUAUUAAAUAUUUUUCCAAAAGGACCAUAUAUUCCAAGAAAUUAUUUUAAUGUCGUGUUGAAAUAUUAUCCAAAACAUCAAGAUACUGCUACCGAUCUAUUACAACAAAUGGAAGAUAAUAACGUAAUACCUGAUGAAGAAAUACAAGAUAUUCUUUUAAAUAUCUUUGGUAAACAUGGUAGACCAUUGAAAAAAUUAUGGCGAAUGUUAUAUUGGAUGCCUAAGUUUAAAAAUUUAAAUCCUUGGCCUGUUCCUAGGCCAGUACCUACAGAUCCAAAAAUACUUGCCAGAAUAGCAAUACAAAAGAUAAGUAGUGUUGAUGUAACAGCACUUAUAUCUGAAUUUGAGACAAAAGAUAUAGAGGAAUCUAUUGAAGAUACAUGGAUAAUAUCUGCUAUGAGUCCCAUUCAAAAAGAUUUAGUAGUACAACAUUUUAAAUUAAGAAAGGAUUUACCUAUGUACGUAGAAGGUCCUUUCAAGAUUUGGAUUGGAAAUCAGUCAGUCGAUUACUUCAUUUUGAGAUCAGACCCAAAAAAGAGUACUUAUGAAUAUGAAGAUCCUGAUGAUGUUAGCAAGAUUAAAAUUCCAUUUUGGAAAACAAAUAAGAUCGUUGAAGCACCUACAGUACAUGAGCAAGAGGAUGGUGUUUACUUUGCAAUAUGUGCCACUGGUACAUCUAGUAAAGAUUCUGCAGUAUCUUGGAUUCGAUAUUUGCAGAAAGAUAAUCCAAUUUUAGAAAAAAUUCUUAUACUUAUAAAAUUGGCAUCAUCAGUAGAAACAGAAUGUAUACAAUUCCCAAAAGAACAGAACAAAUUACAAAAAAAUUAAUAAUAAAAACGAAUAUUCCAAUUAAAACAUUUUUAGAAUUGAAAUAUUUAUAGAUUACGGAAUGUUUAAUAACUUCAUUUUAACGAAAUAACAUAAUGUAAUAUUUUAUUUAACAAUUUAUUAUUUUUUGUUAUAAAUAUUCUAAUUUGAAAUUAAAAUCACGUUGGUACUAUUAAAGUACUUAACAAGCUUUUGAAACUUAACACAGAGUGGCGCAUCGAUCAACAUCGACUUUCAAUAUCAUCUCAUAUCAUUUUUUCGAAAAUAAUUUAUGGUGCUGUACAUUGUACACAUAAAUAUUAACUUUAUUAUGAGAGGAUAGCAUAACUUGAAUUAAGAG